AUGCAAUUCUUGGCUACUUCACUCCUCUUGUUCCUUGCUUCGUUCGCUAUUGCUAAAAACAUCAUCUUGACCAACGAUGACGGUUGGGCAGCUACCAACGUCAGAGCUACUUACUACAAGUUGAAAGCAGCUGGUCACAAUGUCUUUUUGAUUGCCCCCGUUUCUCAAAGAUCGGGUUGGUCAGGAAAAUUCGACAUUCCAACUUCAAAGACCCUUCAAACCAACGGUGAGUUCAGCUACCCAGCUGCUGGUGCUCCAUCCUGGGGCCACGAAGCCAACGAUGACCACAUCUGGUACUUUAACGGUACCCCAGCUUCAUCGGUUGCUUUUGGUUUGCAAUACGUUCUCCCCGAAAAAUUCAACAACAUCUCCAUCGACUUGGUUGUCUCUGGUCCAAAUGAAGGUUUGAACCUUGCUGGUUUGUUCACCUUGUCCGGUACUAUUGCUGCUACUUACAACUCCGUUUACAGAAACUACCCUGCUGUUGCCUUUAGUGGAUCAAACGGAAACAACUCUUUUUUCAAGGACAGCUUGGACUUAAAUGACCCAAAGAACCCAUCAACCAUCUACGCCAACUUGAUCACCAACUUUGUCCAAGAAUUGUUCAAGACUCAAGGCUCCAAUCCAAGAGCCUUGCCAUUGGGUGUUGGUUUGAACGUCAACCUUCCAAAGGUCGGUUACGAAGACGAGUCAUGCACCAACCCUAAGUGGGUCUACACUAGAAUCACCGGCCAAGAUGCUGCCACCGCCGACUUGGUCUACAACAAGACCUCCGACUCCUUUGUCUGGGCACAAAAGAGCUACCAAGCUUUGACCGCCUGCAACAACGGUGACUGCUCGUUGCCAUCUGAAGAGUUUAUUCUCGAACACACCAAAUGCCAAAGCUCAGUCUCCGCCUUCUCCAUCGAUUUCGAUGCCAACUUGGGCUUGACCAACGCUGUCCAUGGUUUGAUCGGGGGCCUUUUCAAAUAA